AAAAGACCUUGACGUUGUCAAAAUCAAAAGCAGCAAAAAGAGUUGAAAAAUAGUGUUAUUCAAGUGAACAUCGGAGAUUCUCCGCAGUUUUCUGGAGAAAAUUGGUAAAUAAUCAUAAAUUUCACAACGAUAUGCCAAACGCUCGACCUACGCAAUCGAAGGCAUCAGAAUAAGAUAAAAAAAAUCUUAUCAUCUUAUCGUCAAACGGUGCAAAUCCAGCGACCUACCAGUGUUAGUCAUAAAUAAUAAAAAAAAAACGGGAAUAUCUCUCCAUUAAACGCAGCAGAACGAAAACAAAAUGCCGUUCCACGAUUUAUCCUUGAAAUUAAUGAUCGUCAUGGCAUCGUUAAUCCUUGCUGUCCGGUGUGCCUCGGUGGGAAUUGUUACAAAUGCUACGGCACAAGUGCCAGCAACACCACCAGUACUGCCGAAUCCGUCCGCUUCGGAAAGUUCCCAUGGUCAAUCCGUCCCAAGCGAUCUGCUGGACGAAAGCAAACUGACCUUCCUGGCCGAAUGCAAUAUCGAUUCUGCGACGGAGCAAAUUUGUGAACUGUAUCGUAACCUCACGACGAUCUUAAGCCAACGGAAACGGGAUCCGGUGACGGCCGCAGACAUCAAUAAAAUUAUCACCGAGAAGGCAGACGGGAACCGCUUCUGUGACAAUUUAUCUCCCCUGUUGCAAGCCAUAAGACAAAAGCAUCUGGAUCGUUUCCAAAGCAAUCGCCUGGAAAACCGUCGCAUUUGCGAGAAAUGGUGUGUGCCGUUUGACGAAGCUACGAUGUCCAUGCACGUCAAACCGAUUUGCAAGGUUUUGUUGUGGGGAUUCCAAAAGGAACUGCAGUCGGAAGUAGAAGAACAAGAUCCGGCAAAGCAAGCUACAAAGGUGCUAAUGCCACCGAUGCUGCCCAUUGGUGAUGGGCAAAUUGCAGAAAACGAACACGCCGAAACAAAUCCCGCACAACCAGUUGCAGCAGCACAGUCGAACAUCACUUUACCGGAGAACACCGGAAAAGCUUCGCCACCGAAGAAUACCGAAAAUGAUCGAACGAAGGCGUCAUCCGACACAGCCGCCAUUGUCUCCCCGGCUUCCCAGACAACUGCUACUAGUGCCCCUACGAAACCAGAGAUAUCACUCGCUGAUAAGAACCUUGUCGAUGGAGACGACAGCCAAGACCUUAAUGAACUGCGAAACCAGCAAAACUUAAAAGAUAUGAAUGGAAACAGUCCAUCCAAUAAUCUCCAGGAAGAAGGCGAUGCAGAUGAUGAUACCAUUUAUGAAACGGAACCGCAAUUAGACGAAACGCAGGAAACUUCCGAAAAUGUACAGCCAAAGUUGGAACAGGAGCCGUUUGGUAGGAAGAAAACCGAUUCGGGCGGUAUGGCUGAUGAUCAGAAAGCCGAUGCUGCGGUACAGGUGGAACGGGUGGAACAGGAGGAUCCAUUUUUCGACCAAGAUGAUUCGAACUUUUUCUCGUACUUUCUGUUCAUGAUGUUCGUGUGCAUCUUGUGCUACGUGGCAUAUCACAACAAGUCCAAACUGCUGGCCCUGCUGCUGGAAGGCCGGAGAACCAGUUCCGGGCGAGGAGGUUUCAACAAGGGCAGAAAACAUACGGCAGCAUACCGGAAGCUGGAUUCAAACCUGGAGGAAGCUAUAACAUCCAAUGCAGCGGCCAGUAGCCGGUCGACGAGUCAGAUCAUCUAUUAGGAGGAGCUAAAGUAGAAAACUAGUUUUUUUUUAGCUGCGAGCGGUUGAAAUGAAAAUUAUGCUUUUUAGGAAACGAUUUCAUUCAAAGAAGAAACCAAUUUACAACCGCACUAGCGUUUAAUUUCAGCUACCUUCACAACAUUCUUCACGUGCAAUCAUGACUAGCAUCGGCCGUCGAUAUCCAUUAUAUGCGUGUAUCUGUUCUACAUUUCACCACUUUCAUCCUGAACAGAGAAGCUUUAACGGAAGAAGUCACCUUAUCAUACCCUCGAAAAUCCCUCCCGAAAACGCCUUGGCAUUCGAAUCGCGAGCGAAAAACAACUAAACAAAAGCAAAAGGAAACAAUAUCAUUUAGGACUAGAUGGAAAGUUAAGACAUAUAAAAAAAGUAGAGUAAAAUAACAUUUACGCUCAGCAGCUGCUUGUCUCUGUGUAAGCUGCUUGUUCUGCUGAUGCGUGAAAAAGGAAGAAAAACGGAUAAUAAAUUAUAAACUAGUGGUUACAAUGACGUUGAAAGUGGUAUAAUAAUUAGUUACUGCAGAUUAAUUAUCUUGUAAAUAAGGAAAACAAAAACAGCUGGAAACUGAUAGAUGAUAAAAUGCUUCACUCGGCAGAUAGGUUCGAAUGCUUUGUUUUCAUUUUCCCUUGCCUGACUCGUGAACAUUUUGUAUAAUCCCAUGUGAAUUUUUAGGUUAACGAGAAGAGAAUAGAAUGGUAAUUUUU